AUGGCCCGCCACGAUCCUAGGGAUCUCCAACGCUUACUUGCGCACCAAGUGGACCAGAAUGGGAACGCCUUUUCGGAUUCGGGCGAGCUUCGAGAUCUCAUGAGAGCUCGAAAUCGAUCAGCCGCGCCGAGCCCAAUGUCCAUUGCAAGGAGAACACCAAAGUCGGGUCCAUCACCAUCCGGGAUGAUGCUCUCAUCUCUCAGUCCAAGUCAGCCAGCGGACGGCGGUUCUGGACCUUCCACAAACCUCAACAGACGGUCCAUGCCGAAGUCUCGCCAAGCCAAUGAGCCCGGAAGCGUGAGAAACGCACAUCACAACGAGGAGGACGAGGAAAAUGACCACGAGAUUUCCGCCACCGCCAGAAGCAUCAGGAACGUUGGACGAGGUGUCCCGCCUCGCUCGUGGACCGUUUCCUCGGUCACGGGCCGGCGAGACUCCAAGGGUCUUCUCAAAUACACUGUUCGCUGGGAUCCAUCGACUCAUCCGACCAGCAGCCUACAGACGGACUUCCACAAUGGCCACCAAAGAGUCUACGUCGAGGGCAGACCUUGGCGGGUAGAGAGCCUCGACGCCGUCGAGCCGGUCGGAGGAUUACCGCACACUCGCGUGCGAUGGAAGUCCACGGUUCACCCCGUUUGGGAAUUGUCGUCCGCAUGUGACACUCUGGCCGACUAUGAUCGUCACCAUCCAACGCCAGGAAAGCCGCUUGACUUUCAACGAUGGAGCCUCUACAUCCAGAAUGUGCAAGACCCGGAGGUGGUAUCUGACGCGGAUGUGCACGGAACAAUCGAUGACGACGUGUUCGUUCCUCGGCAGGGCAUAGACUACACUCAGAGCUUGUUGCAUCGCUCCAAGAAGCAGCUCAAGCAUGCUGGCUUGAAAAAUCCGUCCGUCCUGCAGCAACUGAACAUGCCCCGCCGGCAGAAACUUACAUUCUCCAACUCGUUCACGGAGUCGGGAAAGACUUGGGAUCUCUCGCAGGACAUCAAAUUCCGGGCUACAUUCGUUCACAUUGCCGGGCAUUCACAGUCUAGUCGAUGCUCGCGUUGUGUCGAAAAGGGUGGCGUCUUCGACAAAUGCGUCACUUCGAGAGACGUCUUCGCAGUGGAAUGGAGAAAGGACAUCCUCCCGGACGCCGUUGAAGAGGAAGAAGAUGAGAUCGAUGACCCCGCGGACGCCCAGGAUGCCACGCAAGAUGCUGUAUCGAACAUGUCUGCUUUGCGACUCGUCGACAACGCUGCCGCUCAGGAUGCCACGGUAUUGGAGCGCAUUCAAACCGCCUCAGCUGCUUCACGCAUUGCCUUGCCAGCGAGAAAGCCCGUCCGGAUCUCAGGCUCCAGCGUUCCGCAAGCAAGCUCACCUAGCCGGCGGAAGAGAGACCGCGACGCAGGAGAUGGUGAAGAAGACCUCUCGAGACCGACGAAGCGGCGCGAUUCGGGAGUCUCCGCUGCGCAAGGAGCGUACCCUUCGCCGCCGCCGGUGGAGGAAAUCGACACAAUGUACCACCUCAAGUGCCGCGUGUCUGGCAGACGCUGCAUUGAUCCCAACGUCGGCUUUCUGCUGCCAGAGAAUUUGACAGACUACAAACGUUUCAUCGUCUUUAACGAUGAGGUAUUCGGAAAGGGUGAGCUUACGACUGAGCAAGUCAAGUUCAUCAUCAGCUGCUCGCCCUGCGGCCUGGCGUUGAAGCUGGACCAAGGCUGGGACGAUGUGCGAAGCCUUGCCGGUAUGACAUGCCGAGAACUUGCACGAUCGAUUUCUCUGACAUCCCCAUGCAUUUGCUCGGCGGGCGUGAGCAUGUUCACCGAGCUCAAGACCCUGGGCUCUCUAUCUUCGCCCGCGACGUUUCCCAACGUUCCGCAUCCAGAGGUGCGCACAUCUCUGUGCGCAUGCGCACCUGUCCUCUUGCGUUUCCGAUAUGCUAGACGGUUUCGAAUCGAUCGCCGGACACAAGUGUUGUGGCUUCGCGUGUACCAUUUGAGGGGUCUGCUCUGGUAUUCCAAGAUUGAGCGAUGGGGUGGAGAGUGGUCGAACAAGUGGCAGGACCUCGAGGAGUCGAACACUUCGGUCCAGGAGUGGUGCGAUGGCAUGACUGCGUUCCGCUGCUGA